AUGAUAUUCUAUGGUGGCGAUGCCAAUUUGGACAGGGAUCGAACAUACAAACUAUCGUUUACCAACUCCGGAGAAAACACCUAUACCGUAGAUUGGAAUGUCCUUCAGAACGACUUGGAGAUUGCCGCUACAGAUGUACUCAUCCUCAUGGACUGUAUCUACUUGGGUCGUACCCAAGGUCAAUGCAAUUUGGGCGCAACGAAGAUCCUAGCUGCCUCCACCACAAAACCCCCUACAGUCGAGACGGAAAUUACAACUUUCGCCGAGGCCCUGUUACAAGGUCUGGAACAUUUCCGCGGAAAAUGUUUUGGCAUCAGUCAGCUACGAGAAUACAUGAUUUCAUUGCCAAAUAUGGGGGAUCAGCCGGAACACAUCGUGCUAGGGGGUGGAGAUACUCCCAGAAUUACCCUCUUCUCUCCGCCAGAUGUGGAGCCCCAGUCCGAUGCACGAGAAAGCAAAGUGGCAAUUGAGCUUUCUCUUUCAAGUUCAGGAUACGAACAGCAGCACUCGAUCGAUAAUUGGGUGAAGACAUCCAUUUCCCCUCAUGCACAGCAAAUGACUCUGGCUCAUCCGACGAAGAAUCGACUUGAGUAUAGCUUCUCCCUGCCUCGAAACGAGGUAACCGACUCCAAACAUUGGAAGAAGGUCGGCUCAGGUGUUCCAGACAGUGUAAUCGAUGUGGUCGCCCGAGUAAUGCCUAGCCUAGUUAAGCCAAGGGAGACCGCACAGCCGCCAACCACCACAAUCCAAGACUUGGUCGACUCCUUGAAUAUGAACCAGGGUAUCCGAGAAGGGUUUCCAACCCGGAAUGGCCAGUACGACUCUGUCACUGUUCUUCCCAUCAUGUGGAAGAAUUCAGAUUAUAAAGAGGAGCUCCGGGAAGAAUUAGCUGCGUUGAUGAAUUGUUUCCAGGAGCAGUUUAGUUUCGAUGUCGAGGAUAUCUACGAAAUAGCGGGUGAAUCUAAGGCACACCGUAUUCUACGAUCGAAAAUUGAAUACUUCUCCCGCGAGCAUGAUAAACCCCGGGAGCUUGUGAUCGUCGUGUAUGCAGGGCAUGGAGAAAACACGCGCGAUGAGUGGGCGAGGCAGGAAAAGACCUAUGGCCAGAGCAUUUGGGCCGAGUCCGCAUCUCCGAAGAAUACCAACAGGGUAAACUGGUCAGCCAUUCAGCCCUUUCUGGUGGAUGCUGAAUGUGACGUCGCAAUCAUUCUCAACUGCUGCUAUGCGGGUAAUGCGGCGCCGCUGGGCAUGAAUGAGGGUGUAAAUGAGAUUUUGGCAGCCUGUGGGCGAAGGGAGGAGACCUAUACCGGCCGUCAAUUGUUUCUGCGCGCGCUCCGGGAGGUUCUUGAAAGCUAUGAAGGCCGGUCAAUCGCACUUAAUCAGGUGCAUCGAGAGCUGCUCCGGGCUUCCGGGAAAGAUAAAGUCGGAAGUGACCCUUUUCAUGACUUCAUCGACGCCGAGGAAUCAACCCAGAGUAUCGAGCUGCGUCCCAUUGAUAGAUAUGACAGCAUCUCAGACCAUCUGACCCUCAACCAACUAGCGGGGCCUUCUAAAGCCAGCCUCUUCUGUGAGAUCAUUCUCAAUCGGCCAGAGAAGAUCUACCCCAAUGAUUGGAUCAGAUUUUGGAAGAAUCAGCGUUUCCCCAACCAUGUAGAAAAGAUCCACUUCCACACACUGAACGGACUUUCGAAAACUGGGUUUGCACAGACAUGA